AGAUUGAUUUUUCGCGAAUUUGUGAAUCUUCAAACAUAAUUAGUAAUGAGGUUCGAUUACUAAAUUUUGCUAUGCAAGCGGGAAAUGCAAGGAAGCCCUAAUAUCUGGUCUACUGUAGACUGUAAUUUUAUGGGACAUUGGGAAUUCAAUAAAAUAAUUUAAGUCUGCAAUUGCAAAGGUCUGAAAUUCUAUUUCUAAAGAAGUAAAGAAGAAGGAAAAGUUCUAAGUUUCUAUCCAUGUUUUUAAAUUCGUAUCUUACUAUAAUACUGAUAUUUACAACGAUUACAAUACGCCGACACAACGCCUGUUUUCCCAGUAUCGACCACAUAAUGACACUGACUGCGACGAUCAUUCGAGGAACGCAUCUAAUUGUUAGCAGCCUGUAUGUCGCAGACAUUCUCUAAUUUCUCAAACAUACCGUGAAAUAAGAUAAAUAUAUCAACUAAAUCAUCACCAUAAGACGAAUUUCGUCCAAAUCGUUCUUCGCCUCGAGCAAUUUAACCGAGAAGAAGAAGCCUCGCCCACAAACCCAAUUAUUCUGCCCUCUACGAUAAAAUAUCCCACCCAAAGCUACUUACAAAAGCAAUGACUAACAACUGCUCAGCAUUGAAAGUAACGGUACCAUUCUUUCCAUAAAGAAUUUCCACGGCCAAGAAAUAGUAGAACAAACAAGAAAUCCACGGUAAUUGUUACGUAAUUCUAGUUUCUUCGCGGUACUUUCCUCGCCGGAAGUAGAAGUAAUAAAAGGAGAGGAGGAAAGAAGUUCUUCGUGACGAUCAAUUUGAUGCAUCCAUUCUGGCGGAAAUGCGUCAAUUAAACGAAUUAGAAAGUACACGAGGAUCGUUUUCGUGAAAUUACGCGACAAUGACACGUACAGGAGCAAACGAAUGCGACACGGUCAUGCGGUGAACCUGGUUAACAGAGUCGGCAGACCGCCUGCGCAAGUUGCACGUACGACGCGUAGCCUCGCAGUGUGUCACGCUUGACGUUCCAGUUUAAGUUUGUCCGCCACACAGUGUGCAACUGCGUGUUUCUCCGACAAUACCACACUGUAUCGCACGAUUAGCGUGGUUGGACUUCUAACAACACGCGUCCACUGCAUCGAUCGUAACCAAUCUCCGGGAUCUUCCCAGUUGGAUCAGCCUUGGAAUUGUGAUUCGCUCGAGCGAUUUAAAUUUGAAGGAUUUUGUGAUUAAAAUUACGAAAUAGUUGCGUAGAGAAAAAAGUGCGACUGAAGAUAGUGCGCGGUGCGGUGGAUUUUUCGACUGGAAGGAAUUUUGAGGAUAUUAGUUCACGUGAGUGGAAGUGUCCACGAGGAACACGUUGAAAAAGAAAUUUUCAAAGUGGAGUAAUAAUGGAGAAUAAACAGAGUAUGAAUCGAAGUGUACGUGAAAGCAGAAAUCAUGAAACCUUUAUUCAACAUGCAAGAUACUUCACGUGUCUGAAACCGCUUUUCGCGUCCACUGGUCUCUAAUUCAUGUACACGUUCUCCUCAGUAAUUCAGAUGCUUAUCGUGCUAUUUGCUACUGCCAAGGUUUGAUGUGGGGUGGAAAGAAUUGAUCGUGUACAAAGGAUAAACCUAAAAUCUUCCAAACUGGGUGACGGCAGAGGAAAACCCCGUAGAGUCAGAAUGGCAGAUGAUAAUCAGCAGGAGAGCCAGCAUGUUCAUAAGGAUCUGAAAGUGGCGAAGCUUAUGCCUCUUGCGAUGAAGCUCUUGGAAAUUGUUUUAGCUGUGUUCGCUAUCGGAUUAGUCGUCGAUCCGUUAAAUUCGUUCCAGAAGAUCAUGAUUAGAAUGCAUUUCAAGCUUGACGAUGCCGCGAUAAUUUACAUCACUAUCGCUGGCUACCUGAUAAUCAACACGCUUUUCAUCAUUUGCCAACUGUUGGGAGAUCGAAUACCGAAAAGAACCUUGAUAUUGUUCUCCUCAGUCGGUGGGCUCCUGCACAUCGUCGCUGGAAGCAUAAUUGUCUAUAAUUGGAGAAAGAUUCUCGGCCCUUACUACAACAACAACGAAUUCUAUCCCAGCAAACAGUACAUGGAUAUGUUCAUAUCAGGCGCAGUGUUCACAUUUGUCAAUGCUGCGGUUUUCUUCUUGGAAAUAUUCUUCAUUAUUUACUCGUCAAAAAGCAUAGAGUGAAAAGGAAAGAUACGGCGUAGCGGUCUUUAGAUUAGGAGAACAAGUAUGAAACAUUCGUGAGAAUUAUACUUACAAAUGCCUGUUUGAUGUAACUAGGAGGAUAAGUUGUCAGUAAGUCAGAAAAAAUAUGAAUAUUUAAUGUUAUGUAAAUUUUGGAAAAAUGUCUUUUCUAUGGAGGAAAAAGAGAUUGCUGAUGUUAAAUAUGUCACGUAUUUUACAAAAUGGCUUAUCACAAGAGGUGAUGAAAGAAAAGAAACAAAAGAAUCGAAAAGAGACGGUUUCCCACCGAAUGUGUUCUACAUCAUAUACCGAAAAAUGAAAAAUGUAAAAAUAAUGUACACUGAUAUAACGCCCAAAAAUAAUUCACGAGCCAAAUAUUCAAAGAUUAGUUGUAAGUUCUGAUUCCGUCCAAUCGUUUUAACGACGAUCUAGUUUAGAUGUUACUUGAUUAUAUGAGUAGGUUAGAAGAGUAGACAUUUAUAGGAAAUGUACAAAUCAAAUAAUGCAGUGAAUUAUAUACUGUAGAAGAUAGCUUUAACCGAUAGACCAGAAUAAUAUUUUGGAUUAAUAGUUUCAUAAAGUUCUUAGCUUUAGCUUUUCCUUUUGGCAACGUAGCAAAUUUAGCAAUUAACAAAGAUUAAUCUCCAAAGAUUUUCUACAUAUAUGGUAUAUUUUAUGAUAUAUACGGUAUAUUUUUCAUAUUUUUAAGAAAUCAUAAAGAUCCAUUAAACAAUAUAUAUACAUACACAUAUAUUAAAUAUUAUUUAUAAUCGAAAGUUUGGAUAACUAGAGUAGUAUUCUUAUACGUAUGUAUAGUAUAAUAUAUGUAUAAUAAUAUAAUCUGUAAUCUCUAUUUCUUAUUUGUUGGUAUCAUACAUUUUAUAUAUGCUACAAAUCUCAGAAUUGCCAUGAAUAUUUUUAGAUAAUUAGUGACAAAAAUUAUACUUUUUAUAUUAAUAAUUGUAACUAUGAUAAGACCAAAAAUUACAUUUUCAUGAUAAGACCAAAAAUACAUUUAUCAAUUUAUAAGUCUAUUAUAUAGAUUUGACAAAAAUUGACGUGUCUUUAUCAAAAUACAUUCCGUCCAAUUUUAAUACUAAUCGAAAUCUUGUAAUACAAGAUGUUCGCGAAUUAAUAUUUCAUAUCGAUAAUCCUUUGUAAUAUAAUUUUAUAAGCCAAAUGUAAAACUUAUUAUAAAAGAGAACGAAAGUAUAUAAAAAGAUGUAUUAUAAUGUACGCCAUAUAAUACAUGUACAAAAUAAGCGUUGGUAGAA